UGUAAGCGGUUCGUCUGACACCCGUAAGGCAAAUGGGUGCUCCAGUGCUCACCAACGCCUGGUCGCCGCCCUUGGUGCUUUCCACCUGAGUUCCUCGUCGUCGGGGAAGUCCGCCGAGGGAAGGUGGGGAAGAUUCCAAUUCAAAGAAGCCCGUAAGAGCGGCAGGUGAGAAAAAGAGGAACGUUUUCCAGGAUGCUUGAUAUAAUCAGGUUGUAGAGUUGGAACAGGAGAAAGGUGCCACUGGAGUGGUAGAUCUGAACAGGGGAGUGAAGUUGGGAAUAUGGGAUCUGUUUCCUCUUGCUUGCUUGAAGAGGAUACUGAGGAAUAUCAACAUUCAAGUGCUUCGGUUUUCAGAAGCUGCAUCUGCGUCAGAUGCUUGGCUCAGCAAUUGAUAAGCGUGUACACUGCAUUAUUUUCAAGAGAGGAAGUGCAUGCCGCUCCUUCAUCUUUGCGGGAAAGAGUUCCUGUUGCAUCUCCAUCACUAAACAUUAAUGACUCUAUUCCUGACACGUACAAUGCUCCGCCCAGGCCUGUACCUUAUGAUGAUCCUAUAUUCUCCCAGCGUCAGCAUGAUGGGCUUAUCUCAAGGCACGAUAAAAUCUUAAGCCAUUUCCAUGAGGAGUCUGAACCAUUUAUAAACAACAAUGAUAAUGAGGCAGAAUUGAAAACAGAAGGCAAAUGUAAGUCAAUCUUUGACGGAGGAUACAAAUUUGGUCAGCCAGAGUCCUCACUAAAGCGCUUCUCUGCAGAACCCAGAAAAGAAAUAAUGAAUAACUUUCCCUAUGAGGAUGAGGAUGUUUGUCCAACAUGUCUUGAAGAUUAUACUUCUGAAGAUCCCAAGAUUACAAUGCAAUGUUGUCAUCAUUUCCAUCUUGGUUGUAUAUAUGAGUGGAUGGAGAGAAGUGAUGCAUGUCCUGUUUGUGGCAAGAUGAUGGUAUUCAAGGAAGCAACAUGAUCACUCCAUGAACUCCGUGUGCCAAAGUUUGUAUGUAUCCAUAAUGUGUAUCUGAAUGCCUCAAGUCUUCAUGUAUGCAUGAUUUUGCCGGCUAUUUAUAUUUACGUUGGCGAAUCUUUUGAAAUGACAAGGAAGUCUCGGGUGGAGAGUUUUACACAUAUUAGGCUUGAUAUUGUACAUGAAGUCGGAAGUUCUCCGAUAGUGGAAAAAGAUGAGCAUGCCAAUCUGAUGAUAGAUUCAGUUUCUGAGAAGUGAAAACAAUACAUAGGAGAAGAGGAUUACUGCUCGA